AUGGUAGUCACUUUUGUAACGGGUAACAAAAAUAAAUUAGCAGAAGUUCAAGCUAUAUUAGCCGAUGUAUUACCUAAUUUAAAAUCACAAGAUCUCGAUUUACCAGAAUAUCAAGGUGAAGCGGAAGAAAUUUCUAGAGAAAAAGCUAAAUUAGCUGCUCAAAGUGUCAAUGGUCCUGUUUUAAUUGAAGAUACAUCUCUUUGUUUUAAUGCUUUACAUGGUCUUCCAGGACCAUAUAUUAAAUGGUUUCUAGAUAAAAUAGGUCAUGAUGGUUUAAAUAAAUUACUUGUUGGUUUUGAUGAUAAAACAGCGUAUGCACAAUGUGUAUUUGCAUUUUGUGCUGGACCAACAAGUGAACCAAUUGUAUUUGAUGGUCGAUGUAAUGGACGAAUCGUUCCAGCACGUGGACCUAAUGCAUUUGGAUGGGAUCCAAUAUUUCAACCAGAUAAUGAUCAAGGACAAGCAGGAAAUCAAACAUUUGCUGAAAUGGAUAAAAUUGAAAAGAAUAGAAUUAGUCAUCGAAGUCGAUCACUUCAAUUAGUUAAAGAUUAUUUUGCUCAACAUCCAGAAUAUCAUACAAAAUAA